UAUGCGCGCGCGCGUGUGUGUGUGUAUCCAGGGCUGGGAAUUCUAAAUGGAGUGAGAACAUGAGAUUUGAAAAGAGCCCCGAAGGUGAGGAAGCAAGCCUUGUGGCCAUCUAGGGGAAGAGAAAGCCAGGCCAGGAGAACAGGCAGUGCAAAGGCCCUGGGGAGGAGUGGGCGUGGUUUGUUGAGGAACAGCAAGGAGGAGGGUGUGGCUGGAGCAGCGCCAGGGAAGGGGAGCCAAGCAGAAGCUGAAGUCAGAAGCAUGUGCUGGGGCCACAUCAUGCAGUGGUUUGUGGGCCACCGUGAUGACUUUGACUUUGACUCCCAAGAGAGAUGGGGGCCACGGGAGGGUCCCGAGGGAGAAGUAACAUGAGUGACCUAACACACUCUGUGGGGGAAACUGAGGCACAGAACAGUUACCCGAUCUACCAGAAUCGGAGGUAGUGAGUGGAACAGCCAUCAAAAAGCUCCCAGUGUGUCUGGCACCCGGGUCCCGGCACUUGCGUUUCUCGGGGCCCGUGGGAAGGUAUCUGAGGCUGAGCUGAGGCUGUGAGGUGUGUCCCUCAGAAAGCUCCAGAAACCAGGGCUUGCCCUCAUUUGCCCCUGCGGUCAUACUGGGUACUGCUAAUGAGAAUCGAUGGGGUGCUGCAUCUGAGGUCACAGGGCGUCUCCCCGCCCUGUCCUCUGUGCUCCUCACCCCCCCCCCCCACUGCCUCCCUGUGGGUGGUAACAGAUGAGGAAGUGCGGGCUAACAACGAAUGGGGGAGAAGAUCCGAUGUGCAGGGACAGAGAGGACUGCUGUUUUAAAAGGGGGCUUGGGGAGACCGUCACCUUCGUGGGCACUGGCCUCCGGAAUGCAUUCUCCAUAGCUCCCCCAUGUCAGUGUUUGGCAUACCGUAGAUGCUCAAUAAAUAGUUGCCGAACGAACAUGGAGGUUUCAGGCCUAUGGAGGAUACACUGAAGGCCCCUGGGCCCCUCCUCAGUUGAGGUAUGACCGCCCUGUCUGGCCAGGGUGGUGCUGAAUUCGUGCUCGCGGCUGCCGGGCAGAGGAAGCUUCUCCAAGACAAACUUUGGUCUCAGCCCAGAGGGCACCUUCUGCAAACAUGUCUGUGGACCCCUUAUCCAGCAAAGCCCUGAAGAUCAAGCGUGAGCUGAGCGAGAACACGCCGCACCUGUCAGACGAGGCCCUGAUGGGGCUGUCGGUGCGCGAGCUGAACCGGCACCUGCGCGGGCUCUCGGCCGAGGAGGUGACGCGGCUCAAGCAGCGACGUCGCACGCUCAAGAACCGCGGCUACGCGGCCAGCUGCCGCGUGAAGCGCGUGUGCCAGAAGGAGGAGCUGCAGAAGCAGAAGUCGGAGCUGGAGCGCGAGGUGGACAAGCUGGCGCGCGAGAACGCGGCCAUGCGCCUGGAGCUCGACGCGCUGCGCGGCAAGUGCGAGGCGCUGCAGGGCUUCGCGCGCUCGGUGGCCGCCACCCGCGGCCCGGCCGCGCUCGUGGCGCCAGCCAGCGUCAUCACCAUCGUCAAGUCGGCCCCCGGCCCGGGCCCCGCCUCCGCCCCCGCCCCCGGCCCCGCCCCCGCCCCCGCCGCCUGCUCCUAGUGCCGGCCACGCCCAUUCCAGGCCACGCCCCUCCGACCCCCCCCCCCCCCCCCCCCCCGCUUCCUUCCCAAAGUGCCUAAGCGUGGUCUCUGUCCCUUGGUGCCAUUUCUCUGCAGCCACCAGCUCUUGUGGUGAACACAUGUUCCCUCCCGAGCCUGCUGUCUUCCUCGUUGUAGCCCCUAUAACCGGGACCCAAUAGGUGGCCCUGGGGUGGGGCACCUUUGGUGAGAAUGGUAGGGUGUGGUUGGCGCCUGGGGUCUCUUUUGGCGGAGAGUCCUGCCUUCUUGGACUGGGAGGAUGGAAUACAGAGCAGAUUAGAGAAGGGCUGUCGGGGAGAAGAGGGCCACCCCUCAUUGUGUAAACUUGUUUGCUCAGAUCGUGCCACAGCCCCGCCUCCCCCCAGGAUUUAGGAAUAUGUCGUCUCCCGGGGCUGAGAAGGGAAGGUCAGUUAACAGAUGGGGACACAGUCCUCCAGCAGACAUGCCAGUGCCCAAGGCCAUCCGUGCGUAGUGGUUGAGCUGGAAAAGCUAGGCUUUCUUACUGCUGCCCCGAGAUUCCAGCCAGGGGAUCCCGCCGGGGGUUGGCAGGGGGCUUGUGGACACGGACUGGAAAGGGUGAUGGAAGGGCCUCCCUGACCCGGGAGCCGCCUCUGUGAGUUAGGGGAAGAGAAGUAGAAGGCCAGAGAAGGUGAUACAGAUGGAAGAGAUGGAAGGAGCUGGCCAGCCAAAGAGAAAGGGGACCAAGGAGGUGACCACCCACUGUGGCAGGUGGGAAGACAGAUGCUCAAGUCCUGCAGCCAGGGGUGGGGGUCCUGAGAAGGGAAGGGUCCCACCCCUCCCCCUGGGAAUGUCCACCGUGGCUUAGGGGCUGGCCACUGUCAUUGAUUGCCAUUCUCCUGGGAAGCCCAGCCCCAGCCCCAACCCUCCCUGCGCCUCCCUCUCCCCCCUCCCCCCCCCCCCACAAUACGGUUGUCCCUCCCCGCUGUUUAUUUAUUGCACGAGUCUAAGUUAUUCUCCCCAGCCAGAAACCUAGCACCCACUCCCUGGGAAAAGCGGUGUGUGGCCCUGUGCUGGACUUUAUAUUUUAUAUCUGCAAAUAAAUCACAUUUUAUCUUAUAUUUAGGGAAAGCCGGAUGGCAACGACCAAAAAAUGUU